AUGCCGGUACCCGAACGCGAACCCCCGUCUCCGGACUCCCAACCCUCCAAGCGUGCUCGCCAAUCAUCCGCCGACCAUGGCUCCCCGGCGUCACUCGGCUCGGCCGCCGGCGCGGCGUCUCCGACGGGCGAGCUAGUCCACGACGGCCCGCCGAGCCACGGGGCCCCUGCCGGCUCCGCUGCGGGGGGCAGAAUCGGCCAGAGCAGCAGUUUUCGAAACGUCAGCGCAUGCAACCGCUGUCGCUUGCGCAAGAACCGCUGCGACCAGCGGCUGCCGAGCUGCACGAGCUGCGACAAGGCUGGGGUUGCCUGCGUCGGGUACGACCCCAUCACCAAGAGGGAGAUCCCGCGGAGCUACAUCUUCUAUCUGGAGAAGAGGGUCGAGCAGCUGGAGGGGCUCCUGGGCACGAACAACAUCCCGUUCCCCCCCGCGCAAGAUCUGGACUACAGCUCCAAGUCUGCAGCUAACGGGGGUGCUAUCGGUCUCCGGUCACCUGCGGAAGGGCCCCAGUCGGCCCACUACUGGGAUGCCGCGGACGCUGCGAGUGGCGGUGGGAGGGGGGAGACCGGCGGUGAUGGCGCUAGUAGUGGUGCUGGCGCCAGCGGCGGCAUAAACAACAAUGGCAGCAGCAGCAGCAGCAGUAGUAGUGCUAGACUGCAAAGGAUCGCCUCGAAACCCGGCCCGGCUGCCGGCUCGGGGUCCUCCCAGGAUCGGUAUCUCGGCUCGACAAACGGCAUCUCCUUUGCGCGCGUGGUGUUCGCCGCUGUGCAGUCAUCCGUCACGGAUCAAAAGUCGAAUCCGGACCGGGCAGCAGUGCGGCCAUAUGCCAGGGCUAGCUUGGGAGGGAAUGGUGCAAGCAAUGGCGUUGCCCCAACCGCGGCCGCGGGGACCAGUGCCCGGUCUGGGACGUCGAUGCGGGAAUCUUUCUUCGGGCUUCACACCAAGCCCACGAUCCACCCGGCAACGUUCCCCGAUCGACCUCUUGGCUUGAGGCUGAUCAGUCUCUACUUUGAGCACGCGAACCCGCAAAUACCUGUCCUACACAAGGGCGAGUUCAUGGAAAUCUUCGAUGGGGCGUAUGCCGACGAGAUUCGAGGGCGUGGACCACACGAACUGUACGUGUUGAACAUGGUGUUUGCAAUAGGGGCCGGGAUUCUGGUGGGCGACUCGAAAGGCGAGCCGCCGUUAGCGGCAGAUGUACCACCAGGGCCCAGGCAGUGUCAGCCGGAAGAAUACCAUGCCAGUGCCAUCGUACAUUUUGAGACUUGCCUUGGGACCAGCGGAGGUCUGGAGGACUUGCAGAUGGUCCUCUUACUAGCCAACUUUGCGCUGCUGAGACCUGUACCCCCUGGACUGUGGUACAUCAUUGGUGUGGCCGUGAGGUUGGCUGUCGAUCUGGGUCUGUAUUAUGAAGACGGCAAAGACCAAGACAUCGCCAGCCACGCUGGUGCCCAACAGACAGAGGCUAUGGCCAGGGAAAGGGGGAGGCGAGAAUACGUCCGGGAUCUGAGGCGCCGGCUUUGGUGGUGCACCUACUCGCUCGACCGUCUGGUCAGUCUCUGCGUCGGCCGGCCGUUUGGCAUUUCCGACCAGGUCGUCACGACCGAGUUCCCCUCGCUCUUGGAGGACCGUUUCAUCACGCCGAACGGCAUCGAGCAGCCGCCCCCUGACCUGGCGCGGCCGAGUUACAAGUUGGUUGCGCAGCACUAUUUCCGCCUCAGACUCUUGCAGUCGGAGGUCAUCCAGGUGCUGCAGUUCCGCCAGGCCCAGGGAGCCUGGGCCAAUGGGAAGGGUUGCCAGAACCCUUACAUGCACUCGGAUUUGCCGUCGCCGUUUCUGUCCAAGUUCGACUCGUUCCGUUCGUGGCGCAUCGAUAUCGACAGGAGGUUGUACGAAUGGAAGAAUUCGGCGCCCCGAAGCGAAGACACGGGCGUGGCGUUUUCGGUCGACUUUUUGGGUCUGAACUACUGGCAGGCGAUCAUCCUGCUCUACAGGCAGAGCCUGAGCGUGCCGACCGUCUUUGAGGGCGAGUAUGAUACCACGAAGGAGGUGAAUAGCCCGGCGGUGUACAACGCUGAGCUUAGGGAGGACGAGGACAGGGUGUAUCUGAAGGUGGCUGAGGCCGGGCAGAAGAUCUUGCGCUUGUAUCGCCAGCUGCACUUGAAGGGGUUGGUUAACCACACGUACUUGACGACGCACCAUUUGUUUGUGGCUGGCAUAUCGUAUCUCUAUGCGAUCUGGCAUUCUCCGAUUGUCAGGAGCCGUUUGACCAUGGACGAAGUAGACUUUACCAUUCUCGCAGCGACAUCCGUCUUCAACGAUUUUAUGGACAAGUGCCCGCCCGCCGAAGCGUGCCGCGAUGCGUUCGACCGAACGGUCAAGGCCACGCUCAGGAUGGUAAACGCAUCUGGAGGAUUCGGCCAACAGUAUCCUUCCGCACAUGGCAGCGCAGCCACCAGCGCCGUCAACAGCCCUGAUAUCAACCGGACCGACUGGAGUACACGCGGAGACAACGUAUCAAUACUGAAAACACCCCAACGCACCCGCCACCACCGCCAGUCACCAUCCAUGGACCAGCUGCCUACUGGCAUAUCUGAUCCUUACUCUACGGCCCCAACCCUCUUGAAUGCCUUCCAGAAGGGGGCACAGUAUCGCUUGCCGGGCGGAAGCAUGAUCAAGGCCGAGCCUGAACCCUUCUCCCACGUCCGCAACCUACCGAUCCCAGCACUUAGAAGUAACACCGCCGGUUCUGCCGACAACACCAUCAUCAACAAUACACCCACCACUCCCAACGCCACAUCGGCCAUUGACCAGGCACAACUAAUCACCUCUCCCUCCGCAUUGCAACAGGGACCAUUACCACCACUACCACCCCCGCAACUGGGGUCUGCAUCAUCACAAUUAGGUUCGCCACUAGCUGAGAUGGCGACUACAGCAACCGCCACCGGCGGAUUCCUCACACCCCGACGUCAACAACAACAACAACAACAACAACAACAACAACAACAACAACAACAAUUCAGCCCCGGGCCGAUGACCUUCACCGAUCUACAGGGGGGCAUCGAUUUCCUCCAAAGUAUCGACUCAACCGACAACGUCAGCGUCGCCAGCGGCGGUCCUGCCGUCUCUGCUUCUUCUGCGUCUGGUAUCCCUGUCGGUAGUGGCGGUGGGAUAGAUAGUACUGGUGCAGGGAGUGUAGGCGGGGGAAGUGAUGGCGUCAGCGCGAUGGAGGGUGUUGAUUUCGGUGGGAGUUCUGGUGCCGGUGCUGGUGGUGCUGGUGGUGGGGGGUUGGAUACCACACAUAUGGAUUUUGGGUUUGGAUUGGGUUGGGAGGGGCUGUAUCAUGAUUUUGGGGGUGGGGGGCAGCAGUUGGAUUUGUUUGAUGGGUUCUUUUUUGGUGGGGGCGGCGGAGGAGGUGCUGGGGGGAAUGGAGCUGGAGGUGGAGGUGGUGCUGGGAGUGGGGGUGGGUGA